GACAUGAUUCGUCCGUAUCGAGUAUUCUUCACAGCUAAGAGAUUUUGUUUUUUUGUACGUUUAUUCUUUAGCUGCAAGAGGCAAAGAGUCAAGAAGGUCUGAACCAAUCUUAGCCUCAGACCCUCAGAUUCUUUCGGAUACUCCCACUAUCUAAAUUUUCAUUAUUUAAAAUGUGUCCUUUAUUUCGUGCUAUAAAGUUGAUUCCAUAAAAAAAAAAAGUGCUACGUCGAACCCAUAAUAUCAUAGCUUCACGUACCUGAAAAGCUCUAUAUAUAGAGGGCCCUUAUUGACAAUUCUCUACAUCAAACUGAUCAAACACAUAAGCUCCAAGUCACUUUUCAUCUUCACCCAAAGAUAUCACAAUCUCUUUAGUAGUCUCUAGUUUUCCCAAUUUUCAUCUCUAGUUUUACAUUUUAAUCGAAACACAACCACUUUAUCCUUUGCAAGCCACUUUUCAGACACCCUUUUACAUUAUAACAUCAAUGGAGAAGCUACAAAAGAUGAUCUCCGAGAAGUCGGUAGUGAUCUUUAGCAAGAAUUCUUGCUGCAUGUCGCACACAAUCAAGACUCUCUUCUUAGACCUUGGCGUGAACCCGACGAUCUAUGAGCUAGACGAGAUCAACAGAGGAAAAGAGGUAGAGCAUGCAUUAGCUCAGCUUGGCUGUAGCCCGACCGUCCCAGUGGUGUUCAUAGGAGGGCAGCUUGUUGGUGGAGCCAAUCAAGUCAUGAGUCUCCAUCUCAAUCGUUCUCUCAUUCCAAUGCUUAAACGCGUUGGGGCUUUAUGGCUUUGAUUAAAUAUUAUAAAGGAAUGGUUACUUAUUGAUCGUUGCUUGGUAAUAAUAAUGUCAUGAAACUAAUCAAGGAUGACAAAAAAAAAAUGUAUGCAUGUAAGUUUUGAAAAAAUAGAUUGGGAGGAUACCUAUUUCAGUAUUUUGUAACGUGUGGGUAUACUUUCUAAUAAAAUAACCUGGUGUUGUAUUUCUC